AUGCUGUUUGUGGAUGCUCUCAUCUCAUAUUAUGAAAGAAUCAUAGAUCAAAACAUUGUUGAAGUAACUAGCAACUGUGAGGAAGUUAGAAUAUAUGAAAGAAAAUCCUUCUUCAGCAAACAUCUGAAUGCUUUGGCUACAGACCUUUCAGCUUUAGAGCAACAAUUGAUAAAGAAAAAACACAAAAAUGUAACAGAGACAUUUCAGAUUAUGACAGAGGCUUUCCAUACAGCUAAGAGGACAGUGCCAAGUAUUCUGUAUAUCCCAGGGAUUGAUUAUUUCUGGAAAUCUGCAGCACCUCGUUUACAAAGUUUGUUCAUAAGACUUGUAAGAGACAUAGAUCCAUCACUGCCACUUUUAUUGCUGGCAACAUGUGAUUCAGAUCCAUUUGUGCCACUUCUGUUGCUGACAGUACGUGAGUCAGAUGGUGAGGAGUUGCCCAAACAGAUUGCGGAUCCCUUUCCAGAAACAGAACAUCCCUGUAUUUUUAAGGUUGAGUUGCCCAGCAAAGAAGAAAGAGAAGUGUUUUUCCAACAGUUACUUGGACUACCUCCAUCUAAUAAAACAGCUGUAUUAAGUAAGCGAAUGAGAGGUGAAAAUCAGGAAGACUCUGAACAAAAGUUGAAGCAACAGAAGGUGUCUCAUAGCUCAAGUGAAGAGGGCAGCGAGUCCGAAUUGGAAACUGGAUGCAGUUUUUGGACUCACAGUUCUUCAGGACCAGAAGCUGUAGUAAGUAAGAGAAUGAGAGGUGAAAAUCAGGAAGACUCUGAACAAAAUUUGAAGCAACUGAAGGUGUCUCAUAGCUCAAGUGAAGAGGGCAGCGAGUCCGAAUUGGAAACUGGAUGCAUUUUUUUGACUCACAGUUCUUCUGGACCAGAAGCUGUAGUAAGUAAGAGAAUGAGAGGUGAAAAUCAGGAAGACUCUGAACAAAAGUUGAAGCAACAGAAGGCGUCUCAUAGCUCAAGUGAAGAGGGCAGCGAGUCUGAAUUGGAAACUGGAUGCAUUUUUUUGACUCACAGUUCUUCUGGACCAGAAGGGUCAGAUAAUUUAGAUGUCAGUGGCUAUAUGGCUGUUGUGAUUUUAAUGAUCCUUUUUGCAGGACUUUACACGCUAGACUUGGAAGUUUCUCAACAGAUGCCGACCUAA